UAUACCACCUUCCUCAAGCACCCCAGCACCUAUAUUCUGUCAGCCCUAUUACCUCGCUGCUAAACCGUUAAAACUCCUACGUAUUGGGGUUCAUCUCUCUUGCAGAGCAAUACUCUUCUGUUGCAGCUUGUUUGCUUUCGGUAUCUUAACUUCUCGUCGCGGGACGUCGCCUUAUCUACAGCCGUAGGCCCCUUUAAGGCGAAGGCGUGGGUGUGAGAGAGAGAUACACGCGCUUAUAUAGCAACUCCUCGCCAUCGGCGCGCACUGCUCGGCCUAUCUUCUCCUGGCAACAACUUGCGCCUUAACACCAGGGCAAGGCGAAAAAAAAACCCUGAUUGGCCUGGACGUCCGCCAAUAGGUUGCGCUCCGUUGUCAUUGGCGCUGCGGCGGCGGCGACGGGGACCGAGCGCCUGGGAAGCGCCCAGAGGAGGAGGAGAAGAGGGGCAGCAUUUCUCUGGGAAAGCGGCGGUCGCGCCCGCCCGUCUCCGCACUUGCCGCUGCAACUUUGCCGUCCGCUGCGGGGAGGAUGAGGAGGGGGGCGCGCCGGCAUUUCCUGCCGACCACCUGCCGGGAAGCUGGGCUGCAGCUGUUGCUGCCGCCCCUGCUGCUCGCCACCUUGCUGUGCUGCGGCGCGCGCUGCUCCCCAGAUAACAAUGUCUUCACCAUCCGCCAUGAAAAAACCAACAAGUGCAUCCAAGUUAAAAACCAGCAGAUAACAACAGGAGACUGCCAAGGAGCAGAAGAGACCUUAUGGACAUGGGUCUCCCAGCAUCGCCUUUUUAACUUGGGGUCCCAAAAGUGCCUUGGACUAGAAACUGCCAAAUCCCAGAAUCCCUUGAAAGUGGUGGAUUGUGACUCAGAUCUUUCACUGUGGUGGCGCUGUGACGAUGCCUCAAUAUCAUCUGCAUCUGAGAACAAGCUGACUUUACAGAAUGGAAUUGUGACAGCAAGCAUAAACUCUUCUGAUACCUGGAGAAGAAGCAAUUCCAGUGAUACUAUUUGCAAACUCCCUUAUCGCAAGGUUUAUACGAAGGACGGAAAUUCCUAUGGAAAGCCUUGUGAAUUCCCUUUCCUAUUUAAUGGAACAUGGCAUCAUGAUUGUACCCACAAUGAAAUGUUUACAGAUGGUGAAUGGUGUUCUACAACCUCCAGUUUUGAUCAAGAUAAAGAAUGGGGUGUCUGCUUAAAGCCAGAGGAUGGUUGUCAGAAUGCAUGGGAACAUGAUGCAGAUUCUGGAAAUUGCUACCAGUUAAACACACAGGCUGCCCUUACUUGGAAAGAAGCAUAUGUCUCAUGCCAGAGUCAAGGUGGAGAUCUGCUGAGCAUCGCCAGUGCAUCCGAGUUAAGCCGUAUUCAAGCAAAAGAAGGCAUUGCAGAGAGAUUCUGGAUUGGAUUAAACCAGCUGGAUAUUUCUGGAGGCUGGCAGUGGUCGGAUCAUACACCGUUGAAUUUCGUCAGCUGGAGUCAAGAGAUUCAGAAUUCAUCUCCACUAGAUGGAUCUGGCUGUGUAGCUAUGGAAGCCAACGAAGGUACCUGGAUGAGUUAUCCUUGUGAGAAUAAACUUCCUUAUGUUUGCAAGAAGCCAUUCAACAAUACCCAGUCAGAGUUUGCAGCAGUUGAGCAGUAUGUGGAGACCCAGUGUGAACCUAAUUGGCAUUCCCACAAUGGAUUUUGCUAUAUGCUAAUGAGCGGCGCUGCUUCCUGGGAUGACGCACAUCAACUUUGCAAUGCAAGCAAUAGCAACCUUAUCAGCAUACACUCCAUAGCAGAUGUUGAGAUAGUGGUUACAGAACUUCAUAAUGACACCGCAGACAGAGUGUGGAUUGGCUUGAUAAACAAGGAUGUUCCAGCCUUGUUUAAAUGGUCUGACGGUUCCAAAGUAGUGUUUACUUACUGGGAUCAGGAUGAGCCGAAACUUCUCUCCAACAACACUCCCAACUGUGUAGCUUACUCAGGAAAGCUGGGUCGAUGGAAUGUCCUGCCUUGUGACAAUAAACUUAAAUACGUCUGCAUGAAAAAUGGAAAGAUUUUGAAUGACUCAAAAGCUGAUAAAAAUUGUACUGGUGAGGAAUGGAGGCAUGGAGACUUCUGUUACAAGGUUCAGAAAAGUGAAGAAUUGUUUGGGAAACUGUGCAACCUCACUAUAACAAACAGAUUCGAACAAGAAUUCAUAAACAAUUUGAUUAGAAAGCAUAGCAGAGUUGAAGAAAAGUACUUCUGGACUGGCUUGCACGAUAUCAGCUCUUCAGGAGAGUAUAGCUGGGGAACCGUAGAUGGGAAGAAUGAAAUGCUCACGUACACCAACUGGGGUCAUUUCCAACCAGCAUUGCGUGGAGGAUGCGUGGCUAUGUCAGCAGGAAAAUACCUUGGAAAGUGGGAGGUCAAGAAUUGCAAAACAACGAAAGCUUACUCUAUUUGCAAGAAGUACAUUGGACCAAAAGUAGAACCGGAAGUAGUUCCUAAAGUUACUGACCCUUGCCCUCCAGGCUGGCACAGCGGAUCAGGUCUUGCUUGUUAUAAGUUAUUUCAUAAGGAAAGAGUGCUGAGAACCAGGACCUGGGAAGAAGCGGAGAGAUUCUGUGAGGCUCUUGGAGGACACCUCCCUAGUUUCAGCCACUUAACAGAAAUCAAGGAGCUCCAUGACAUUCUGAGAGAGACCAUAAGCGAUAGCCGUUGGGUCUGGAUUGGGCUAAAUAAGAGGAAUCCUGACUCUCUAGGAUCCUGGCAGUGGAGUGACAAUAAGCCUGUAUCUACUGUUGUUAUGCACCCUGAGUUUAAAGAUGAAUACGAUACUAGAGACUGCGCAGCUGUGAAGUUUCUAAGACUAACACGGCGAACAAUGUGGACUCUUUACUAUUCUGAAGACAGACAAGAAGAUUUCUACUUAAAGCCUUUCUACUGUGGUUCACAACUUGAAUGGGUGUGCCAGAUCGCUAAAGGUCGUACUCCAAAGACACCAGAGUGGUACAAACCAGAUGGAGAUGGACUUCAGGGACCAGUACUGAAUAUUGAUGGGUCUGAAUUUUGGUUUGUGCCAAAUAAGCACUUGAGCUUUCAAGAAGCUGCUCUGUACUGUUCUAAUAAUGGAAGUGAUUUAGCGUCUGUGGCCUCUUUCACUGCACUAACGGGAAUUCUAAACAGGAUUGCAAAUUUAUCGGACGAAAGACAAAGUUGGUGGCUGAAAUACACAGCUCCUGCAAGUCGCUACCAUUCACUGUUUUCAGUAUUUUCACACUAUCAUGAACGAUACUACAGGAAUUGUUGGCAUAUUUCUUAUCAAAGUUGGUACAGAGACAGCACGAUAAGCUGCAGUACAAAACUCCCCUUCAUCUGUGAGAAAUACAAUGCAUCGCUAUUGGAGAAGCACGACUCUGGUUAUAAACCAACUCGCAGGAAGUGUCGCGAAAAUUGGCUUGUUUUUAUGGAUAAGUGUUACCGCAUGGUACCCCCUAAGGAUUUUAAGUUUCAGGAGGCAGACGAACAUUGUCACAGUUUGGGAGGUUCUCUUCCAUCAAUCACAAGCCAAACUGAACAAGAUUUUAUAACGUCCUUGCUUCCUGGUAUGCCCCCAAAUAUUUGGAUUGGUUUGCACUUUGAGAUCCGUACACGUGAAAACAGGUGGACAGAUGGCAGUGAGUUGGUAUAUUCCAACUUCCAUCCAUUGCUGCAUGGAAGACUAAGGAAAAUUGAGCAUGAUUUUUUUGAUGAUGAGGUGAAUAACCAGUGUGGUGUUUUGCUCAACAAUCCAUCACCAUAUGCUGGAACUUGGAAUUUCACUUCCUGUGCCAGUAUUCAAACUCUGGCCAUAUGUCAGAUGAAGUCAGAUGAGGCAGAAAACCAGACACAGCAAGUGCUUAAUGUCACCGUGAACUAUCUAAAUGUCACAUACACCAUAAUUCUGAAGAACUUGACAUGGCAUGAUGCACAACAGGAGUGCCUGCAGAAUAAUAUGCAGCUGGUUAGCAUCACAGGACAAUACCAUCAGGCUUUUCUUGCUAUGCAGGCUGCCCGUUAUAAUUACCCACUGUGGAUUGGACUCUCCAGCGAAGAUGAUGGAAUUCAUUAUCACUGGGCUGACAGAAAGCACAUUAGCUUUAGUCACUGGUCCAAAGAAGACGAAGAUUUACUUGAUGAAUGCGUAUAUUUGGACAGAGAUGGACUUUGGAAAACAUCUGACUGCUAUACGCAAAAGCCAGGAGCAAUUUGCUACCUUCCAGCAAUUGAAACUGAAAAACCUGAGGUAUUUGACUUUAUUAAAUGUCCACACAAGAUUAAGAAUACACCAUGGAUGCCAUUUCGAAACAGUUGUUACUCAUUCAUGAUAGCAAAAGACAGAUGGAAAGGAUUGAAGUCAGAUGAGGCCCACCAUUUAUGCAGGAUGAUGAAUACGAAUGCCUCCCUCUUGACUAUCAGGGAUGAAGAUGAAAAUAGUUUUGUUGUUGAGCAGCUCCAUUCUUUCAGUGGCCUUGCUCGCUGGCUGUGGUUGGGUCUGAUUUAUGACGCUGAUGAUGGUAAUCUGAAGUGGGACGACAACACAUACCUCUCAUACAAUAACUGGAGACUGGGGAGACCUUAUGUAAAGAAUAAUAAUUUUGUUGCUGGUAUUGGUCUUGAUGGUGUCUGGGAUAUGUACAAUUACAGUGGCAACUGGUUACCUCUGCAAUUUAGCCUACACAGCAUCCUUGUCUGUAAAAUAGAAAUGGGACCCAAAGAAUACAAACCACCACUGCCCGAGAAACUGCCCCAUGGAAAUAAUACAUACUGGAUCCUUCAAAAACAGCUCAGUUGGUAUGAUGCAUGGAGAGAAUGCAAGCGAAAUGGCAGUGAUUUAGCCAGCGUACACAGUGAAUCACAGCAAGUGUUUCUGGAAAAUAUUGUAAAAAGAGAUGGAUAUCCACUUUGGAUUGGUUUAUCCAAUCAUAACGAAAGCGAUUCUGAUUUUGAGUGGUCUGAUGGAAGCACAUUUGAUUACAAGCCCUGGGAAUAUGAGCAUUCACAUUCUCCUGGAAAUUGUUUCUUACUGGACACGAAAGGAUUUUGGAACCGCUUGGAUUGCUCGCGUGGCGCUGAUGGUGCUAUUUGCUACUACCCUUCAAACAAAGUACAGUCCAAGCAAGCAGAAAAUCCCACAUACUGCCCCCAAACUACUGGUAGUGCUUCACAGUGGAUACAGUAUAAACAGCAUUGCUAUGCAUUUGAUUUGGCAUUUUACAAUUUCUCUAUAUACAAUUGGAAAGAGGCUAAAGAAGUCUGCAAGAAGCUUGAUCCUUCUGCAACACUUUUGACUAUAGAAAAUGAGGAAGAAAAUAAGUUUGUGAGCACACACUUACGAGAACAUUAUUUCAUCACUGGAAGAGUAUGGCUUGGAAUGCAAGAAAAUGCUGAAUCCAUGAAGUGGCUUGAUGGCUCAGAAAUUAAAUAUGUCAACUGGGAAAAGGGAAAAGAAAAAGCCAAUGGUAAAUGUAGCGUUGUGUUUUCAACAAAUGGUACAUGGUCCAAAACUGACUGCAGAAAUCUCCAAAGCAGAGUUGUUUGCAAAGCUCCUCAAGUCUCUAAUCAUGUAGGAGGGGCAAUAGCUGUUGCUAUUCUAAUUAUUGUCGCACUUGUUGCUGGAUUGAUAUGCUUCCUGUAUAAGAAGAAACGACUGAAUUGGGGCGGAUUCUCUUCGGUACGCUAUGAACGGGGGUUGUACGAAGAUGAAACGGACACUAUGUUUUCCAGAGAUGGUGACUGAGGAACAGUUCGUGCUGGAUUGGGCUGUUUAGGCAUAAUUUUAUAGGUUUUGGUUUGGCAAACCUAUACCAAAUGUAUUCAGUAGCAGGUAAAUGCUGACCUCUGGGUUCAGUACCUAUUUUUUGUUCAGGGUGUGACAGCAACCUUUCCCCCCACAUUUGAAAGGAGGAGGGAAAGUCAACUGUGUUUCACCAACUGAUUUAAACUCCAAUCAGACUUUGCACUUUCCAUGGUCUUUAAGAUUUGCACAUGCAUUGAGAUACAACCCUGAAACUGAUUUUUGGACAUGCUUUGAUUUUUGGACAUGCUCUCCUAUAUGAAGUAUGAUUGAUGCCUAGAGAAUCUUUUGGAAUCGACUCACUGGACACAAAAUACAUAAUGUAAUAACUUGUAUCAACCAUACUCUUUUACAGUGGUACCUCAGGUUACAUACGCUUCAGGUUACAGACUCUGCUAACCCAGAAAUAGUGCUUCAGGUUAAGAACUUUGCUUCAGGA